GGAUACAAAAUAAGAUUCAACCAACUACAAACUGUGCGCGCCAGUGAACAUCUUCAGCUUCACACACAUUCACCAAACGACUCGAACCAUCAAAAUGUCCUGUAAGUCCACACAAUCCCCCACACAAAACCAGCCCUCCUAACAACCCCUCAGCAUCACAAUCCAUCCCCGUCCCCCAACCCCAACCCACCGACAGCGACUCUGUUAUGGUCGAAGCCCCCGACUCGCCCCCCACAACAACCACCAACAACAGCACCAUGUUCGCCCUCCCACUGCCCUCCUUCUCGGGCUCGCAAACCGCUCCACACGCGCAGGCCAACUCGGGCGCUACACGCACCUCUCUCAAUGGCGGCGAGAGCUCCAACGCCAGCGCCAGCUCGGGUGGAAAGCAUAACUUUGGUCUUCCUGGCUCGAGUUAUCAAAAUAAGAAGUUUCAUGAGGAUUGGGUGAGGGCGAGUGAGAAUUUAACGGAUAAGGAGUGGGAUGCUAGUAUGUCGUCUCUUUUUUUUCUCUUUUUGAUGGGAUGGGAUGGGGAAGGGAGGAUGGGGUGGUAAGAGAGAGAGGAAGAAGACUAAUGGUUUAUAGCGCAGUAUGGUGAUCCUUUGAUGGUUCAUAAUGGGGUUGUGGUUCCGAAGUAGAGGGGUCGGUACUUUUUUUACGUCCUACGACUAUGGUACGAAUUACGGGAGGAAGAACGAAGGUUAUGAUAAUGAUGGAGCGAGCGUUUGGGAUGAUUGCAUGGCGUUUGGUGUUUUGCCAUUUUCGCGAUGGGCGGAUGGUGUAGAGGAUGCUCUUGAAAUAUUGCAUAUUACUUUUCAUGGGAGGGGAUGAAUGGGAGGUUUUCAAUGAUGAUCUUUUGGUAUGUCUCGAGGAUGUGCCGUAUCCGAGAAAUAAGCAUAGCGGUCUU